AUGCUGCGCCAAGUGAAACCCAAGAAUGCCCGCUCCAAGCGGGCCCUCGAGAAGCGCGAGUCCAAGGUCAACGAGAACCCCAAGACGUGCCUCUUCCUCCGCGGCACGACCUGCUCGCAGGUCGUGCAGGACGCGAUGACGGACCUGCACACGAUGCGCCAGCCGCUCGCCAAAAAGUUCACAAAGAAGAACCCCAUCCACCCAUUCGACGACGCCUCGUCGCUCGAGUUCUUCUCCGAGAAGAACGACACCAGCCUGCUGUGCUUUGGCAGCUCGAGCAAGAAGCGUCCGCACGCGCUGACGUUGGUGCGCACAUUUGGCUACAAGGUCUUUGACAUGCUCGAGCUCAUCCUGGACCCGACCACGUUCCGGACGCUGGGCCAGUUCAAGACCAAGAAAUUCGCCGUGGGCCUGCGGCCGAUGCUGCUCUUUGCCGGCACCGCGUUCGAGAGCCCCGUCGACAACGAGUUCACCCUCGCCAAGAGCAUGUUUGUCGACUUUUUCAAGGGCGAGACGAGCGACAAGAUCGACGUCGAGGGCCUGCAGUACAUUGUCUCCCUCACCGCCGAGGAGACGACGGGCGAGGGCGACGCCAAGCCCAAGAUCCACCUGCGCACCUAUCUCAUCCGCACCAAGCGCAGCGGCCAGCGCCUCCCGCGCGUCGAGGUCGAGGAGAUGGGCCCCCGCAUGGACUUUGCCGUCGGCCGCAUUCAGGUCCCCGACGAGGCCACCCGCAAGCUCGCCAUGAAGAAGCCCCGCGGCCUCGAGGAGAGGACCAAGAAGAACGUCACGACCGACUCCAUGGGCGACAAGCUCGGCCGUGUGCAUCUCGGCCGCCAAGACCUGAGCCAGCUGCAGACGAGGAAGAUGAAGGGUCUCAAGCGGUCAAGGGACGUGCAGGCCGACGACAAUGCCGACGACGAUGGUGCGGUCGAGGAGGUCGUGGCCGAGGAGGUGACCAAGAAGAUCCGAAAGGCGUGA